AUGAAAAGUCUUCACCUCACAAAGGUGAGGUUCCUUGACCAUGAAGCUUUCUGCACGCUUAUGUCUUCUUGUCCUGUUCUUAACGAUCUCUUCUUAGAUAGCGUUACCACUGAUCCCCGCUGCGGUUUCCAGUUUUAUCACCCUUGCUCUUCUUUAUUCACCAUAUCGGUCCCUUCUCUCGAGAGAUUGGAGAUAAAAGAUUAUACUUCGGUUCGCACUUAUCCUAGCAAUAAGUCUAGAUUCAAGAUAAAUGCUCCUUCUUUGAAGUACUUAGAGGUAUACAUCAACGGUAGCAAUUUCGAGUUUUAUAAGGAUCUGCACAACUUGGUGGAGGCUAGUCUCCUUGUUGAUGAUUCUCAAACUGACAAGCUUCUCAGAUUUCUUACUUCUGUGGAGUUUCUUUCCAUACAUUUAUAUCCUACCAAGGUUCUGCUUCUUGCGGAUACAAUUUCUCAGCGGCUUCGUCAUCUGAAACUAUCUACUUACGGAAAAAAUUCGCGUAAUCUGCUUCUGUAUUUGCUCAAACAUUGCCCUAAACUACAAGUUCUCAAGCUCCAGGAGAUACAUUGGACAACAAAAUGGCCUGGUUCUCCGCAUACGAGGUGUAAAGACGAAGAGUUCAAGGAUCCACCACCUUUGUUCUGUAAGCCGAGCUCGGUUCCUGAAUGCUUGUCCUUCAAUCUUAAAACUUUUGGAUGGAAAUGUUACAAAGGAAAAGAGGAAGAGAAAGAAAUCGUUCUUUACAUCCUGCAGAACGCUCCUUGUUUAAAAACCACUAAGAUCUCUGUAUAUUCACCAGGUCAUCGAUUCAGGGAGAAAGAGCUGCUGAGGAUCAAGGAGUUGGAAUCUGUGCCUAAAGCUUCAACUUCAUGUCAGCUUGUAAUUCGACUUACUAACAGUUCCUAG